AUGGAAAAUAUUGAAACCGUCCUUUCGAGUAGUAUCGUUGCUGUCUUUUUUGCAGCUUUUGUUGUUGCUGGAACUAUGUGGUAUGACACGGCCGAUUCACCACGCCGUUUAGGUCUUCCGUCUCCUUUUACAUGUGCACCUCUCCCUUUUCCUGUUCUUCGGUUUGAUCUCUGUGUUAACUUGAUCGAAGCAAGGUGGAUCAAUUGGCCGCUUGACCUCUUUCAAAUUCUCUCAGUCCAUCUGAAAUGUUCACCCCCAGUGGCAUCAAAGGAGCUGAAACAUUUUAAAGAUAGUGUGCAAGAUUCAUCUAGAAAGGCCAGCAAAUCAGGUCGUCCGCCAUCUAAAAAACUAAAAGAUCGCAAGGCUUCAGCUCACAUGGAGUUAACUUGCCGCUCCUCGGAUAUCACAGGAACCAUACUGACCUCAGAUGGUAAAAAUAAGGGCAGAAAUGGUUUCGAGAGGGCUGAAAAACCUUGGAAUCGAUAUAUUAUAGUGAUACCAAGUCGAUAAGCCGAGCCAUCGAGCCAACACCCGAGUCGACGAGCCGAAAACGAUGGAGUCGAGCUGCUUAACGCUCGUGGGAUUCUCUGGACAAUCGUUUGCAAAGUUGGGCCGCCAACGGAAAUGCAGCCUGUUAUUGUUUGGGCCGAACUGGAGGCUGAGCGCGAGGCGGGUUACUCGACCCGCUUCGUCGUCUUCCUAACCUGCAACCAUGCAAAACUCUAACUUGGCGUUGCGCCGUCAAUGACGCAGCUGUCCUACUUCGAUUCCGACUUUCACUUCUCCUGACGGGCAUGAGGCAACACGACCCACCGCGAUCCAACGUCUCGUCUCCCCAACCCUAAUAGAUUUCGACCCCUUCGUCGAUUCUCCCUCCAGACAGCAAGGUCACUUGUUCCGACAACUCACCGAAAAACUCGCGAACCAACCCACACGAUUUUCCCUCGAACACUCUCGAUUUUCCCAUUCUUUCAGACACCCUCGAACAUAGAAACGAGG